ACAAUACUGAGCAUGGGUAAAACUAAAACUCACUGCCUCAUAUCCGGUUGCACUCCUGAAAGUGCCUCUGAGCUCCAGCAAUACGACGAGUACUUUGAUUGGAAAUACGGCGAGGAACUGGACGAGGAAUGGGUGGAACUGGACGAUACGGACGACGCACAGCUGGGACCCCUCGUCUUGCAGGCUAUACGCGAGCUAGCAAAGGACGAGGAAGGGAUCGACAAUGUGACAGUCAUAGGCGACUUUGUCAAGGCAAAGGAGCGCCUCAUCGAAGUUACCACCCCUCGCGGCGAGGCGCUCGAGACACCCGACUCCGCAAUCACCCUCCGGGAUAACUGCAGCUGCAAUGGCCCCGUGGACUGGAUCUACGGCCUCGUUCGCCCACCUGUGAUGAAGGAUGACUUUGAUAACUACUCUGUCUCGGUCGGCCUGCUCGUCAUGGUGCAGGACUUUGCGCUGCCCAUAUUGCAUCUCGCGACGCGCGGCCGCGUGACUCCACAGCGCCUCUGGCGCCUCGCGAUGCACCAAGGACACUCUGAUAUGACGGGGGCCGGUUGGAAAGGGUUGGAUGAUAUCGAUUAUGGCGAGAACGACAAGGAGAUGCGCGCGCAGUCUGACAUCACCUAUAUCCCACAUAUGAGAUGCAAAGAGGUGAAAGCACUGGAGGGACUGGGAGACGUGCAGAUGAUUAAAGAUGCUAUCGUGCACCGUGGAGGGUAUUGGAUGUGGAUGAGGGCUGAUAGGUUCCCAUUAGACGUCGUUUGCGACCAGAGCGCUCUGUCUUUCACGUCUCUAGACGUUCCUCUCAGCAGUUCCAACACCCCCGCAAUCGCGAAACUUCCACUCGAACUUCUCCAUAUAAUCGCGCGCGAAUGCUCACUCACAUCUCUCCUCUCCCUCGCAUCUACCUCUCGGACCACGCGCUCCAUGCUGAUGGGCUCCGAGCCCAACAGGAACGCUCUCGCAACCGCAUGGAUUAUGUGGAGCGCGCCGUGGUUCGCACCCGCCACAUCCGACACCGAGCCCCGGUACGAGAUGGACAAAGUCCAAGACGCGUGGGCGUAUCUCCAGAGGUGCCGCGCGAACGCGUCCAUGCGCAACAGGGCGCGUAUCUGGAAGAUCGCGGAGCAGAUUGAGGUUGUCGCGGAGCAGAGUGGUGUAUAAUGACAUGCAUACAGGAUUUGGGUGUCGAUUUGACUGGCGUCGAAGAGAGAUGUCCCUAAGAUCGAUGACGUCUGAUUGGCAUCCUCAACUCAGAUGCGAGGAAGGCGAGAUAAUAGAUGUAGACGCUUUCUAGCCAGUUCAAGCUUUAGUUCUAAUCUGUACUACUUCGUUAUGCAUAUCACGGAUGAUGUAGCAACAGUAAUGCAAAGUUGCCUCCGGCAUCACCA